GACCACUCGUCGAACACAGCAAUGUCCUCGCGCAAGCUGGGUCAGUUUGCUGGUGCCAGCGAUUCAGGCAUCUUCCGGUGGUGGAUCGAGGUAUGCAAAAAACUGGGACGGGAGGAGUUCCAACUCCUGAAAAGUCUUUAUCUCGUGACCCUGCCGCUGCGAGUGCUGCAAGACAACGUGAAGGAACCGCAGGACCACGCGCAUCUUCUAUACGAUUUGCCGUUAGAGCGAGACGUAGCGACCCAUAGCGCUAUCGGAGAUGGUUACGUUCGAGAACCACUUACUCCCCAACAAUCACUGGCCCUGUUUGUCCACAGGCUUCAAUUGCUCGUCCCAGUUAAAGGUAGACUAAGCAAGGAAGACGAGCGAAAUUUGGGGGGCAAAGUUUGCAUCUCUAGCCUCGAGAGCCUAUUGGGUGUGCUGCCAAGUGUGGAAGGGGUCCAUUUUCCCACCGAAUCAAGGCUGAUGGAGUGCCUUGUAAAGUGUUAUGUGAAUCUGAGUUCUGCGCAGCGCUGUAAAAUAAAGGAAAAACUGGCGGAAUGUCUGGGGUUAAAUGUCGAGGUUGCAACUAUAUUUGAUGUCUUUGCCGAGUUAUUUAUUAAACAAAGGUCAAACUAUGACCCACAAGGAAUCGUUGCAAAGUUCACUUUUUCAAUGCAAUCGGCCCGGUGUGGCAGAGCUUCUUAUGAAGAUCUCCGAGAUUGUUUGCUCCAAUACAACAUACUCCACUCUGAAAUAAACCUACCAGAGAGAGAUCCUUCUCCUGAACCUGUUAUCAAUGAAAGGAUGCAGGAAGGCAUUACAAAUAUAAUUGAAAAUGACAGAAAUAGGUAUCGGAGUCACACGAUAAAGAGAGUCCUAUUUUUUACUGGUUUGUGUUUGCUGGUGUUAGUACAGCUGAUUGCUUGCGCAAUUGCAACGGGAGUUAUUGUAAAACAAACACCCCUCGAGGAUGUCAUCAAUAGGAAGGAUUCCAGCUGCAGUCAGACACACGGCCCUUUGAAUAAUUCGAUUGCUCCAAUAAUUGUUACACAAUUCAACACUUUUUCGUCUAAAUUAGUAACCGUAAAACAGCAGCAUUUCGAUUCGUAUUAUCGCCAAAAUCUGACCUACUAUGUGUUUCCUGCUAAUGGUGUACAUAGGUACAUAUACACUUCCACGGCAUCAUGGAUUGGUACUACCGGUAAUGAUAUAGAAAUCUACGUUUUGGAGGGAUCAACCAUUACUUUUACAGUAAAUAUCAGC